GGAAACAUCUAAGUCGCCAACAUAACUCCGCAACAUAUCACAGCCGCCUUUAUACCCCCGAUCUCGAAGUCCCCGUUCGAGACACACUCGAAUUACUCACCAACAAUACCUACUGCUUCCCUGCACAAACAGCCGCCAUGUUUAUAGCACGAAGUGAAUAUGACCGUGGUAUCAACACCUUCUCGCCCGAAGGCCGUCUCUUCCAAGUCGAAUACUCGCUCGAAGCCAUCAAGCUCGGUUCAACAGCAAUAGGCGUAGCAACAGGCGAAGGCGUAAUCCUCGGCGUAGAGAAGCGCGUCACUUCCACGCUCCUCGAGACCAGCUCUGUAGAGAAGAUUGUCGAAAUUGACCGCCACAUCGGAUGUGCCAUGUCGGGUCUGCAAGCCGAUGCCCGCAGCAUGAUCGAGCACGCGCGUGUCGAGAGCCAGAACCAUGCUUUCAACUACGCCGAGCCCCUACGCGUGGAGAGCUGCACGCAGGCGAUAUGUGACCUGGCGCUGAGGUUUGGCGAGGGUGCCGAGGGUGAGGAGAGCAUCAUGAGUCGGCCGUUCGGUGUUGCGCUCUUGAUCGCGGGUUAUGAUGAGGAUGGUCCGAGUCUCUACCACGCCGAACCCUCCGGCACAUUCUACCGCUACGACGCCAAAGCCAUCGGUUCCGGUUCGGAGGGCGCCCAAGCCGAACUCCAGAACGAAUUCCACAAGUCGCUUACGCUCCCCGAGGCCGAGGUGCUCACGCUCAAGACACUCAAGCAGGUCAUGGAGGAGAAGUUGGAUAGCAAGAACGUGCAGUUGGCUAGUGUGACCAAGGACAAGGGCUUCAGGAUCUACACUGAUGAGGAGAUGGCGGAGGUUGUAGGAAGGCUGCCAACAAACUAACCUCGGAGGUGGACUGAGAGGAUAGCCGGAAGCAGUUCGGUCGUAGACGAUACAUGAUAGCAUCAUGAUAGAUGUGCGAGUCACGCGAAAAUGAAGCAAUGACCAACA